UAAUAUAAGAAGUAGUGUUGCGGUGUGACCUGUGCCUGUCUAUAAAAUAAAGUUAAGUGAUAGUGUUAUUCGUGUAUUUGUUUUGAGGAAAAAUGCAUCGAGUUCAAAAAUCGAUAACUUUAAGGUUUAAUGUGAAGAGGUUUAAAGGAACUUCAAUCCAGCAAGAUAAAUUAAUGGGUAUCGGAGAUAUACCCCAUGCAAAAUAUUUACCAAUCAUAGGGACAAAAUUAGACUUUAUUGCAGCUGGAGGUGGGACGAAAUUACACGAAUAUAUAGAUUCGCGACACAAGCAAUUAGGACCAAUUUUUUCGGAACGACUUGCUGGGAGCACAGAACUUGUUUUUAUAAGUGAUCCCUUACUUAUGAAAUCACUUUUUAUUAAUAUGGAAGGCAAAUAUCCGAUGCAUAUAUUGCCUGAUCCAUGGGUUCUGUACGAAAAAAUUUAUGGGUCACAAAGAGGUCUCUUUUUUAUGAAUGGUGAGCAAUGGUUGCAUAAUCGCCGAAUAUUAAAUAAGCAUUUGCUACGGGAAGGUACUGAAGACUGGAUAAGCGCUCCUAUAAGAAAGAGCAUACACGAUUUUGUUAACGAUUUAAAAGAAAGAUCUGAGAAAGGGUUCAUAAUUAAAGACUUCGAGACGGAAUUUUAUAGACUCUCAACAAAUGUACUUGUAAACAUAUUGCUAGGAGAAAAUUCCAUACGACAUAGUCAACACUAUGAUACAAUGUUAAAUAUGUUUUCGGACUCUGUAAAAAAAAUAUUUCAGGCUACUACAAAGUUGUAUGGAUGGCCAGUAGAAUGGUGCCAAUAUUUUAAUCUAAAAGUAUGGAGACAUUUCAAGGAAAGUGUAGAUUUAUCACUUCAUUUAGCAAAAAAAAUGGCUUUUGAAAUGAUCAAAAACCAAGACAAAAAUACUGGAUUAAUAAAAAAGCUACUUGAGGAAGACUUAGAAGAUGAAAUGAUAGCAAGGAUAGUUGCAGAUUUUAUUAUAGCAGCGGGCGAUACGACUGCAUAUUCAACACUGUGGAUAUUUUUGUUACUUUCUCAAAACUACGAUGUCAUCGAAGAAAUUCGUAUAAAGAAAGAACAUACUGUAAAACUUGUUAUAAAGGAAGCGAUGAGAUUGUAUCCGGUAGCUCCAUUUUUGACUAGAAUAUUACCUAAAGAUACUGUUUUUGGCAACUAUAAACUUAAAAAAGGAACUCCAAUUAUAGCUUCAAUUUAUUCAUCUGGCCGUGAUGAGCAAAACUUUAGUAAGCCAGAUAUGUUUUUGCCCUACCGUUGGGAUAGAAAUGAUCAACGCCGAGAAAGUAUUGUCAAUCAUAUCCCAUCAGCAUCUUUGCCAUUUGCUAUGGGAACUAGAUCUUGUAUAGGAAAAAAGAUAGCACUAGUUCAACUGACAGAGGUUGUUAGUCAGGUUAUCAAAAACUUUGAUAUCAACUGUAAAAACUGUAAAGAUGUUAAGCCUAUGACAUCACAAGUAUUAGUACCAGACAGACAACUUGAAUUUGUUAUCACCACUAGAGACAAAAAUAUGUUUUUAAAAAAGGGAAUAACUGAUUUAUAAUAUAAAAAAUGUAUUUUAAUAUA